GGCUGUUACACUCUUUCACUCCACAGACACUUGUCCCACACCAUGUUCUCUCGCUGUGCCCUCGUUCUUCUGCUCUGCCUCUCCACGGGCCUGGCUGCCACACUCAUCCCUUCCAUUGCUGCCGAGAAGCUUCCUUCAUCUCCUGAUCAUGCAGCAGCUGAAGAGUUGAACAAAGUGCCAGAGGCUGAAGCAGCUAAAGCAGAAGCUCCUGCAGGGGGAAACCAGGCUAGCUCUACUCAGGACACAGAGGACAACUCUGAAUGGGGCUUGAGCUCCAUCAGAGGCAGCUUUCAAGCCGUCAAUGGGUAUUUUGACUCGCUGCUGGAGCUGAUGGGAGGCCGUGAUGGUGUGUGCCAGUACCGCUGUAGAUAUGGUAAAGCUCCACAAGCUCGUCCAGGCUACCAGAUGCCUGAACCCAAUGGCUGCACCUCCUCUUUGCUUGGUUUCCAGGUACCGGAUAGUAUCGACAUGGGCAUCCCAGCCAUGACCAAGUGCUGUAACCAGCUGGACAUGUGCUACGACACGUGCGGUUCCAACAAGUACCGCUGCGACACCAAGUUCCGCUGGUGCCUCCACAGCAUCUGCGGGGAUCUGAAGAAGAGUUUGGGCUUCGUGUCAAAGGUCGAAGCUUGCGAGGCAUUUGCAGACACCAUGUACAACACGGUAUGGACUCUGGGCUGCAGGCCGUUCAUGAACAGCCAGAGGGCAGCAUGUAUCUGUGAGGGAGAGGAGAAAGACGAGCUGUAAGAACUACCACUCCUCCUGCCAAGCACAAUGACUCACCAUUACCAAGUGCCGCCUUCAAACUCAAGCAGAAAGAGCUCAGCGGACUCCAAAGAGAGGCCAAUGGUGCGAAAGACUCAUGUGGAGCGAACAACAAUGAAAUGCUUGAAUCCCAGCGUUCUGUUCAUGCCUUUUUAAUAUUAUACACAUAGAAAUGUAGCUAUAGGUUUGUGUUUACAGGUAAACUCCUAUGGUUCUGUGGGAGGGGAGCAUUUCUAUAACAUUCCUAAUUUAUGGUGAAGUUUUUCUGAAUGAGAAGAAGAAUUUUUGUCCAAAAGUGGAAAGAUCAUUCAAACAACACAUUACGACUGGCUUCUUUCCAGUGUCAGUGUGCCCUUCAGACUAAAUUCAAUAUAUUUUCGUAAUUUAUUAAAGUGUAGCGCUGCUACUCAAAUGAAUCUUUUAGUCAUUUAUACAAUUCAGACUGGUUUUAUUUCACACAGACUAAGCACAUUGUAAGACACAUGACUUUUGCAUCUUCUAAACAUUCCUAAGUUAUUUUGAACUUUAUUCUGAAUAAAUUGGAAACUCA